AUGAGCAAGCCAGGCUUGUCCUUCGGCCUCAACCUUAGCAAAAAGCCAGGCGCGUCAAAGCCUGCGCCGCCAAAGCGAAAGCUCUUGUUCGGCGACGACGAUGGCUCGGAUAAUGACGAUGCCAAUGAUCAGGGAAAGACGGAAGAAAUUGGAGAAUUCGAUGAUUUCGGUAGCGUUCCGAAGCCAAAGUCAACCACCUCAAACCCGAUCAAGUUAAAGAAUGGGCCUCCAACUCAACCACCAAAGCUUAAGUCGAAGGGCCAGCCAAACAUGAUGUUUGGUGAUCUCUCCAGCUCUUUGACGUCUCGAAAGAACGCCGAGGCUGCCGCAGAAGUCGAUGCCAGCGUUUACGAGUACGAUUCCGUUUACGAUUCUCUCAAACCCAAGAAACAAGCCACAAAGGAGGACCAAGAAAAGAAGCCAAAGUAUAUGAAGAACAUCCUACAAGCGGCCGACGUACGGAAACGCGAUGCGCUCAUUGCAGAAGAGAAGAAAAUUGCGCGAGAGCGAGAAGCUGAAGGGGAAGAGUACGCCGACAAGGAAAAGUUCGUUACAGAAGCCUACCGAAAACAGCAAGAGGAGAAUAAACGACUAGAAGAGGAAGAAAGGAAGAGAGAAGAAGAAGAGGCAAAGAAGAACAAGACUGGUGGCAUGUCUGCUUUUUACAGAAAACUCCUAGACAAGGAUGAGCAAAGGCAUUCAGAUGCUAUCAAAGCAGCUGAAGAGAAGACGAAAUCCGGCAUACCCGCAGAAGAAGAGACCAUGGGCGUCGAGGAGGAAAAUGAGAAAACCGAAGCCGACCUAGCCAAAGAACUCAAUGAGAAGGGCGCCGCGGUGGCCAUUAAUGAAGACGGUCAAGUCGUUGACAAGCGUCAGCUCCUGAGAGGUGGCUUGAAUGUCGGUGCAAAGAAGAAAGAAUCAGCCCAGCGUGAAUCGGAGCGGCAAGCCGAACGACCACAAAAAGAAGCUACAAACCGACAAUACGACAGACGACAAAAUCAGCGAGAGCGACAAACGCGCAUGAUGGAGCAGCAAUUGGAAGAAUCGAUGAAGCGAUCACGACUUGAAGAAGCAGCAGAAAGAGAAGAGGUUGAGCGCGCGGCCAAGAGUCGCAAGACGGAAGGCGAAAUCUCGAGCGCGAAGGAACGAUAUCUUGCGCGUAAACGAGCUGCCGAAGAAGCGAAGAAGGCUGCUGGAGGAGCUUAG